UUCUAACGCAGAGACUCCCGCGCGAGGCUGGAACGCGGGGCCCCGCAGGUGCCGCCGCCCGGCCGCCCUCCGGCAGCGGACAGCGCGGGGGCGCGAGCACGCCGCUCACCUAUCGCGGGGUUUCCUUCCUUUCCCGCCCGCCCCCUUCCCGGGGGAGCUCUCGCGAGAGAAGCCAGAGGAAGAUGGCCGUGCCCUGUUUUUCGGGCUGAGACCGCGGUGGCGUUGGCCGCGACGGGGCCCGGGAUCGCGGUGCCGUGGGUCCCUGAACACUAGCUCCCCCCAGCGAGCGCGCGUCCUUUCGUCCCCGGCGAGGGCCGGCUCCUCUUCUCCCGGGAGAUGCGUCCGUCCGGGGCGCGGGGGCUCUCGCGGAGUUCCUGCUGCGCCGGCGGCUCCCGGCCGCCGCUCUAAUCGCCUCCUGCCGCCGGCGCUGAGCGCCCCGGACCUCCUCCCUGCCCCUGGCGGCGAUGACCGGAGAGAAGAUCCGCUCGCUGCGGAGGGACCACAAGCCCAGCAAAGAAGAGGGGGACCUGCUGGAGCCUGGGGAUGAAGAAGCGGCGGCGGCCCUUGGCGGCACCUUCACCGGAGGCAGGGGCGGCGGCGGCGGCAAGGGCGGCAAAGCCUGUCACAAGAUCUUCAGCAACCAUCACCACCGGCUGCCGCUGAAGCCCGCCCCGGCCUCCGCCGCUCCUCCCGGCGCGCCGGCCCUGCCGCUGCUGCACAAUUCCUCCGUCACCGCCGCCUCCCAGCCCCAGACUCUGCUAACGGGCGCCCACCCCGUGGCGGUGGCCGCCGACGGAGGCGUCUCCCCCGCACACUACCCGGUGCACGAGUGCGUCUUCAAGGGGGACGUGAGGCGGCUGUCCUCGCUCAUCCGCACGCACAAUAUCGGGCAGAAAGAUAAUCAUGGAAACACUCCUUUACAUCUUGCUGUGAUGUUAGGAAAUAAAGAAUGUGCCCAUUUACUUUUGGCUCACAAUGCUCCAGUAAAAGUGAAAAAUGCUCAGGGAUGGAGCCCGCUGGCGGAAGCCAUCAGCUAUGGAGAUAGACAGAUGAUUACUGCUCUUUUAAGGAAGCUUAAACAGCAAUCCAGGGAAAGUGUUGAAGAAAAACGACCUCGAUUAUUAAAAGCCCUGAAAGAGCUAGGUGACUUUUAUCUAGAACUUCACUGGGAUUUUCAAAGCUGGGUGCCUUUACUUUCCCGAAUUCUGCCUUCCGAUGCAUGUAAAAUAUACAAACAAGGUAUCAAUAUCAGGCUUGACACUACUCUCAUAGACUUUACUGACAUGAAGUGCCAACGAGGGGAUUUAAGCUUCAUUUUCAAUGGGGAUGCAGCACCCUCUGAAUCUUUUGUAGUAUUAGACAAUGAACAAAAAGUUUAUCAGCGAAUACACCAUGAGGAAUCAGAGAUGGAAACAGAAGAGGAGGUUGACAUUUUAAUGAGUAGUGAUAUUUACUCUGCAACUCUAUCAACCAAAUCAAUUUCUUUCACACGUGCCCAAACAGGAUGGCUUUUUCGGGAAGAUAAAACAGAAAGAGUAGGAAACUUUCUGGCAGACUUUUAUUUGGUGAAUGGACUUGUUUUAGAAUCAAGAAAAAGAAGAGAACAUCUCAGUGAAGAAGAUAUUCUUCGAAAUAAGGCCAUUAUGGAGAGUCUUAGUAAAGGUGGAAACAUAAUGGAACAAAAUUUUGAGCCGGUUCGAAGACAGUCCCUUACUCCUCCUCCUCAGAACACUAUUACAUGGGAAGAAUAUAUAUCUGCUGAAAAUGGAAAAAUAUUGAAUGUUUUGGAAGUAAUAGCUCCCUUCAAGCACUUUAACAAGCUUAGAGAAUUUGUUCAAAUGAAGCUUCCUCCAGGCUUUCCUGUAAAACUAGAUAUACCUGUGUUUCCUACGAUCACAGCCACUGUGACUUUUCAGGAAUUCAGAUAUGAUGAGUUUGACGGCUCCAUCUUUACUAUACCUGACGACUACAAGGAAGACCCAAGCCGUUUUCCUGAUCUCUAAUGACACGAGCAUGACGCCAUCUCACCAAGGAAAGCAAGAGCGUGCAGAGACCCCACAGGGAGGCGAAGUAGGAGGGACAGAUGCUUUCAGUGAAGAAAAGGGAAUUUCAUAGAACUGACACAUCAGUGAUAUGACAUAAUGAAAUGGGCCUCUAAUAAGUUUCCUGAUGUGCCAUUUUCAGUCUUUUUAAAUAUAUACAUAUUAUAGUGUAAUAGUUUGACACCUUAAUGACCCUAAGUACUUCUUAUGUAAAACAGCUAUGAGUGCUGUGAUUUGUUUUUAAAAAUUUUUACACUUCUUGUUGAAAUAUAUAUGCAUAUAUAUCUAUAUCUAUAUAUAUAGUUAUAUCUAAAACACUCCUGGACCAGUAACAUAAAUUAAAUGUCUUAAGAGAUAUGAAGCCCUUUACAGUUGUCAUCUUAUAUUCACACACUGACCACCAGGAGACAAACGCUGAACGCAGGAGCUGCUCCUAGUGGUCAGUGCUCUCCCACAGCCAACCUCCUACGGCCGACCAAGGUGACAUUUAUAAAUAUUCCUUCCAACUUUGUUUUCAUAAAAUGUAAACUAUGUAACUUUAUGUAUAGUUCAGUAAUUUGAAUGUUUGUUCAAUAUGAUGAACUAGAAAGGAAUGCAGUUUUCUGUAGAUGAAUGAACCAAAUGGUAACCAUUAAACAAUUGCAUUUAUAUGUUGCAAUACAUUUCAGAAGGAGCAUUCACUCUGCAGGGAAUAAGGUACCUCCUUUAGCACCUUAGUGCAAUUCAUUGUGGUGCUAUUUGUUUUUACCUGAAUUCUUUCUUCAAUGGUAAAUGUUUGUUACUAAUCUUCCUUUCAUAGAACCUCUAUUUUUUUUUUCUAAACUUGAGUUUUAAAGCCUUUUUUGUGUUCAUAAUAGGAUAUGACUAGCAUGUUUAAGGAUAGUCCUCUUCCAAAUCUCAGCACUUUAAAAAUAUUCCAAAAUUUUAAACUUGCUUCCUAAUAACUGCACAUCAUUCUGAUUAUUUUGUUUGUUUUUAGUGUUCAUGUCAGUUUUAAACAACUCACAUUUUGGAUUCCCUACAUAUUUAAUGCUUUCAGAGUAAGGUAAAAACAUUUUAUAUGCUAACAGAAUAUAUUUGUUAUAAGUUAAAUUCCAAAAAUGUACACAAGAUUGAUAAUUCCUACUGUUUAUUUUUUUAAGUCACAAGAAAAUAUUUAUUGGUUUUAAUUAUCUUCAAAGUGUUAAAAAAUCAUGCAUUACUCAUUUUCGCACUUAAAAUUUUUCAUGUUUAUUCCAAGAUGGUUUGAUGGUCCAAGAAUGAAAAUAAAUUAGGGAGAAUAAGGUAUGAGACAUAAUAUGUUACGUUGUAUUUAAGAAAUUAGCUAAAGAAAUGCUUUUUAAAUGUAUCCUGAUGAAUGUGUGAGAAUGCAUUUGUCAGGUUUUUUAGAGUGACCCGUAAUUUAAACAUUUUCAAGAAUUUUAAUUAAGCUGAAUGAGUUUAGAAACCUUUAUUGAAAAGAUGAUUAUUUACAAAUCCAAAGCAUCAAUCAUAAGAAAAUUUUUAUAAUAAACAUCUUUAAAGCUGCAUCUUUCAUGCUGAUAACAUAAUUGCAUAUGUUGACAUUUUAUUAAAUACAUUUUAUAAUAAAGAAAAAUAAUCAUAGUUAAAAAUUCAAAGGCCAUUUACUACCUGGUGUGGGUCUGUUGAAUUUUGUGAGAAGAGUUGGAAACCCAGACUAGGUUUAUUAAAUACAAGUUGAUCCCAAUUAUUUUGGGAAUCCUUAUAGAUCAAGUGACUUAGAAAUUGAAUUAUCUUGUCAGUAAUUAUGUGAGGUUUGAGACACUGAAUGGUAGUUAUCACUGUUGCUUUUAGGCUCCCUUACUCUUUGGGAAUAUGUUAUAUUUUCAGGAUUAUACUAUAGAUUUUUCACAAGUACAGACAAUUUAGUGGGGGGAAAAACAUGGAAAAUUGCAACUUGGAACUUAACAAUUUCCUAAAAGCUGUGAAUAUUUUGCUGGGGUACACUGGAGGUAGGAAGACUACUGAAAACUUUUGCACUUGGGUUUUGUUUUUAACUCUUAACUUUUUCUUUCAUAAAGGAUAGUAGAAAGAGAUGAUCCAUUCCAAAUGUCUUUUAUUUGAUCAUAAAGGACAAGCAAAUGUCAGUAUCUCUUAUAAUGGUGAAAACAAGGAGUUAUUAAUGCAAAUAAACUUUUCACAUUAAACUUUUCAAAA